UGUUGUUCGACACCUCCACUUGAUCAAUCUCCCUGUGCCGCUUCUUGCACGAUCUCCAUCAUGUCUGGGACAAACAUAGAUCGCGCAGUCGAGCUCGUGCAGCGUGCCAUCGACGAGGACCAGAAGCAGAACUAUCCCGAGGCUUACAGGCAGUACCAGAAUGCGCUGGACUACUUCAUGCUUGGGCUGAAAUAUGAGAAGAACGAACGAUCAAAGACGCUCAUUCGGUCCAAGAUCGGAGAAUACCUAAGCCGUGCGGAGACACUCAAGGUUCAUCUAGCGAACGCGGACGAGCAGCGAGCGAGGAAAGCUGUGGGUGCGAAUGGGGUCGCUAAUGGCGGGAUCGGGGCCGGGGGAAAGAAGAAAGACGAAGAUGGUGGAGACGAGGACCCGGAGGUGAAGAAGCUACGCGCAGGGCUGACGGGCGCAAUAUUGGUCGACAGACCGAACGUGCGCUGGGACGACGUUGCUGGGCUCGAGGGCGCGAAAGAGUCGCUCAAGGAGGCGGUCAUCCUGCCGAUCAAGUUUCCGCACCUAUUUACCGGGAAGCGCACACCCUGGCGCGGCAUCCUGCUAUACGGCCCACCAGGCACAGGCAAGAGUUACCUCGCCAAGGCAGUCGCGACCGAGGCCAAGAGCACUUUCUUCAGCGUCAGCUCUAGUGAUCUCGUUAGCAAAUGGCAGGGAGAUUCAGAAAGGUUGGUGAAGCAGCUGUUCCAGAUGGCAAGGGAGUCGAAACCUGCAAUUAUAUUCAUCGACGAGGUCGAUUCGCUCGCGGGCUCACGAAAUGAGGGCGAGUCGGAGGGCUCGCGCCGAAUCAAGACGGAGUUCUUGGUUCAGAUGGAUGGCGUUGGACACGAUGAUACAGGUGUGCUCGUCCUUGGUGCGACGAAUAUCCCAUGGCAACUGGAUCCUGCUAUUAAGCGUCGUUUCGAGAAACGAAUCUACAUCCCACUUCCUGGCCUUGAGGCGAGGAAACGCAUGUUUGAGAUUCACGUUGGGUCUACGCCGUGUGAGCUCUCGCAGAAGGAUUAUCGCACACUUGCGCAUAACUCUGAGGGGUACUCUGGUUCUGAUAUUGCCAUCGUCGUACGAGAUGCUCUCAUGCAGCCUGUCCGGAAAGUUUUGUCCGCGACACAUUUCAAGCAAGUGCCCUCGAAGUCGGAUCCCAACGUGCUGCAAUGGACGCCAUGCUCUCCUGGGGAUCCAGAUGCUGUGGAGAAAAGCUGGAACGACAUUGGCAGCGAGGAACUACAGGAACCUCCACUGCGUUUCGCAGACUUUUUAAAAUCCUUGGACAAUGUACGACCGACGGUGAAUGAGGAGGACAUCAAGAGGCACGAUGAUUGGACAAAGGAGAGCGGGAACGAUGGGGCAUAACGAAUUAAUAGACCCUCGAUUAUAACCAGAUUGGCAUGAACAAACGAUGACACAUCUAGUUCCAGACACUUUGUUUUUAUUUUCAUUCUGCACAACCUCUGUUUUGUAUUGUCCCAUACCCUUGUAUAUCGGAGGUAUCUCCUGAUUGGCUUUCCCCCUUGUGGCAUCGUCAACUGACUAAGGGGUGUCUAAUAGAGCAGGUCUAUUGUAACUUACACAAAAGAAUGCAUGUUGAGGUUGAUUCUUGUUGUUUCCACUGACACCAUAACGACUUAGUCGUUCAAAUAAGAACGGUAUAAGUUCCCACGGUGCGCUUGUUCGCGUAC